AGCAACAGGAUGAGGAGUAAUGGCCAUAAACUAAAACAGAAGAAGUUUCACCUCAACAUGAGGAAGAACUUAUUUGAGUGUGGUAGAGCAUGGGAACAGGCUGCUCUGGGGGGGAUCCUGGAGUCCUCCUCUGUGUAGAAAUUCAAAACCCAUUCCUGUGUCACCUACUGUAGGUGACCCUGGCUUGGCAUGGUGAUUGGACUAGAUCAGAGGUCCCUUCCAACCCUAAUGAGGGCUUUCAGUAGUUUUCCAGUGCCUGCAUGUUAGGCCUGCAAGUGGUGGGCAGCAGGGGAGCACAGGUUUACCACGGGCUGAGCACUCCUGCAUCUGUGCUUGCAGUCCAGUGCUCUGCAUCUCUACAAAGCAGAAACCCACAGUCCUGCAGUGGAGGAUCCCCCCACUCCCCAAAUUGCCCUUCCCUCUGACAGUACAGCAUUCAUCCUGGAGCAGAGCUGGCCGCCGACCACCCAGCUACUCACAGGAGAACGUGGUAGGCCCUUCUUUUUCAAGAGCUACUUCUUUAACUCCGUGGGACCAGGUAUUUUGCCCAUCAGCCUUUUCACUUACGCAAACUCAGGCAACUGCUGCCUGAGUAUCUGUGUUGUGUUUUAGCAAAGCCUCCCUGGCUGCCACGGCAGACCCGUCUCUGCUGGAGCCUCCAUCUGCCAGCUGCUUCUCACUUCCCAGCCUUCACCUGUGGCUGAGCUGAGUUCACCUGAGGAAGGUGAUGAGGAGAUGCAGCUGUGGAGAAGGAGGUGGCAAGGUCCUGGUGAGCACUGUCAGCUGGGCCCUGAUUGUCCUCAAGACAGUGAGGAGAUCUUUCAGGCCAGCAAUUGGCUCUGAACACACCAUGUGUCCUCCAGAUGACAAUCCCAACAAACUUGCUGCCUCCCUUCCAGCCCUCUGUGUUUUUGAGUGGCAUUUGAUGUUUUAUCAUCAUUCAAGUCUUAAAACAUUGCUUUUGAUGAAUAUAUCUCAGAUAUAGAAAUAGGUAGAAACAUGACAUUUUUCAGUUGGAAAGGGAGGAAACUGAGGAAAACCACUUGUGCAAGAUCAUAUAGUACACCAGGGGCGUAGAUCACUGGUAUUUCCAUCCCAUGGUCAGCAUGAUAUUGUUUCCUCCAUUCAUUAACAAAUGUGCACCCUAAUGAAUACUGUUGUUAUUUCAACAUACUAAGAAGAGAAUUUUUAGCAGGAGAAUUUUUAGCAGAAGAAUCAUUAUAUUUAAAAUAUUCCCCUUAAACUCACCACUAUUUGAUUGGAAUAUUAAAUAACAUUUGGAUAUUUAACAACAACAGUUAAGGACACUUAUGAGUAUACUGUUAGUAGAAGGAAUUCACAAAUUUGGCACAAAAUCUAAGAAUUUAUUAGAAAUGAGUAAGGACUGUAGAGGAGAGUUGAGGUGAGUUCUAAGUGGGGGUUUUUUCCAUUUUUUAGUAACAAAAUAGUUACAUAGUUAAAUUAAAUGAUAAUUAAUUAAAUUGGUUGCAAUUCCCUAACUCAUAACUUUUUUUUUGUUGUCCAGAACAAUGUCUAUAUUACUAUAUAUCAGCUAAUGACAUGGUUUCCUAUCUUCAAAUAUUUUUCUUUGCAGAUUUACGAGGUUUCUAGUUUCAAUGAUAGCAGUGAAGGUAGAUAGAUGUGGUGGGAAAAGCACUGUAUGUACAAGUUGAUCAAUUCUGGUGAUAAUGAAUGCCACUUGGAUUUCAAGUUGGUUGGUUUGUUUUUUCUCCCAAGAACUUGGACUUCAUUCAAGCUACUUGACAAAAGCCCUUUUCUCUCAUUUUGGAGGGUGAGAUUUAUGGAAGUGGCUGCAGAGCCUCUGUAUUCAAAGCUAGUGAAAAAAUGUUACCUUCUGCAGGACUUUGAAACCUUCGUGAUUUAUAAUCAGUGCCUUGUUUUGAAGAAUCCUUUUUAUGCUGAAGGUCACAGGUGCUGCCCAAGCAUUGAAAGAGGAGAAGACAGAAUCUGCUCCAGCCAAGCCAUCCGGGCCUGUUGCAGAAACAUUCAGAGUUAUUCAGGGGGCCAUGACGGAAGAGAACGUGAGAAGUACUCAGGGUGUCUUUCAGUUUGAAUUAUCUGGUGACGGUGGAGGCACGUGGUAUAUCGACCUGAAGAACAAGGGUGGGAGCACUGGCUUUGGAAAGCCCCCUGGGACAGCUGAUGUGGUUAUGAGCAUGUCGAGUGCUGACUUUGUGAAAAUGUUCACAGGUGAGGGACAAAGGCCUUUGUCAGACCGGUGCCCAGAAAACCUUCUGCUGAUGGGGGAGGAGACUGGCAUCUCGCUUUCUGAUCUGGGAUGGAGGAGCUUUCAGCUUUUUGUGGCUCAGGAGAAAGUACAGGCCAGAAGUGCUUGCAUUUUUCUGGACUCCUGUGUUUUGUGAACAGGAAGAGAACAAAAGCUUACUCUUCUUUUGUUAACCAGCUAUUGACAUUUUAGCAGCCAGCGUAGCUUCAGAAAGAAUCCAGUCAAUGUGUUGUAUUUGUGUUCUGCCCAGCUCUAAGCAGUGUUUCCUGAAUGUGCACUGCUUUUACAGGAGGACUUGGUAGGAAAAUAACCUGAUUUCUUUCAUCUCCCCUGAGACAUCUGAGUUAUAUGGUCUUUUCUCCAUUAAAAUCAGUCAUAAUCUAAUAAUUUCCCUAAGUAAUAGGAUACAACUAGCCCUCUUACAGAGUGUUUUCUGGCUCCAGAAAAGGUAGGUAUUGGUGAAGUUCUGUUGGACAAGAGGCAGUAUCAGAACUUUCACAAUGUUAAAUUGCUACUUUUCUUUGUGUGAUUUUCGCAUUUAUCACUAUUCAAAACAGUUCUGAACCUUCUUUAGCAAGCUUCAAAAUGAAGUCAGAAGAGAACAGAUUAUUCAUGAAAAAAGAAGUUAUCCAUUAAGUUAAUCAUUAUAAUCAAGACCUCAAAAUACUUCUACAAAUGAACUGGAAAAGUAAAUUCUAUUUUAAUUAAUCAGCCUCAUCAUUUUCAGCAAAGGGUUUUAAUAUUGUGAAAUAUAGAUAGAUAGAUAAAUACAUUGUUAGACUGAGAGAUUUUAAUUGUAUGAGAUUUAAUUGCAGUGUCUGAUUUUUACCACAUGGAUAAAACUAUGAAGUAUAUUCCAAAGCAGAAUUUCUAAAGAACUUGAAGAUCUUACUCUAAAGAUAUUACUGUUUCCUCUGCACAGCCUGUAUCCAGGUCCUUUCCAUUUUCUAAUGAUUCCUUUUCUCUUUUUAGAUAAGCUAAAGCCAUUCAUAGCUUUCAUGUCAUGAAAUUCUAGUGUUAAUGGUGACACAGUUCUACCGUCAAGUCUGCCACAGAUAAAUUUUGAACACUAGCAGAAAUACUGGCCUUUCAUAUAUAACUACAAUGCUUUUUUAAAGUGCCAGUCGUCAUUUCUUUUUUAUGAACUACAAGUAUUCAAUAGAUUUUAUGAUUUUUAGAGAAGUUACAACUCAGUUUGAAUAUAAUAUCCAACAGCGAACAUUUUUAAUAACUUGCUGUAAUGAUUAAAAUAAAAACUAUGUCCCAAAAUUCUGAUGUUUCAAGCUUAUAGGAACUGACCACUCCUAUCAGAUGUUAUUAAAAAAGGCUGAUGAUUUCAAGCUAUUGGAAAACACAGUGUAUGUGCUUGCAUGAAAAAUAUGGCUACAUAUAUUUUAUUUCUUUAGGGAGCCACCUUGAAA